UCAUUCAAGUAUUUAUAUUUGUUUAAAACUGCCUACCACGCACUUUGAUAUUGUAUCAUUCAACGACUUAUUCGAUGACCAAUAAUCGUACACUAAAGUGUUUUUCUUAUAUUAUCUAUCUAGGACGAUUGUCGAAUUAAAACCUUGCACAAAAAUAUAUAUUCUUGCUUUGCCGCGAUAAUUUUCAUUGAGUAAAAAAUAAUGCCCGUUUCUCAAUCUACAAAAUAUCAAUAUUACAUUCCUCCUGCAUAAUGCCAGAAUAAUAUAACAGUUCAGCUAAGCUGGCUUCAUUUAAAACUAAAUACAAUGCAGGAACUUGACCGGUCAUUCCAUCUGUAGUUACUGGUGAUAUAUUAGACUUCAAAUAGUUGUACAGCAGCAAAAGAGUCGGCUGUUCCACAGUGAAUCAUAAGUAUCAAAUAUAAGACAACUGUUUAUGCGUUAUCAGCAGGGAUGCACUUCAGUCGUUAGGCUGAACUAAAAUUCCUUACGCAACGUGUCUCAUACAUUGAAGUCAUAUAUUCCUACUAUCGAUGAAUAUCAACACUCGUUUGUAGGAAUAUCUGGACCCAUUGGCUUAUCAAUACCUCUCUGUAACUCUAUAUACAUCUGGAGGGAUUGUAUCAUGCGACUCGAGUAUCUGAAUAAUGUUGUGCUGGCAUUUUAUUGCCUUUACAUCAAUUUAAUAUUGUAUCAUUUUCAAGAUCUUUGCAAUAAAACGUACAAUUAUUAAUUUCAUGAAUUUAGAUGGGCUCACACCAAAAUUUCAAACUCUAAAAGCAUAAGGCGCUGCAUGAAUACACUUCUGCCCAACAACAGAGAGAUGAUUCGAAAAAUGCAUUAUUGUAGACAAAGAACUAUCGCUUUAAUGAACUGAGUGUCUUUUCAACAAUGUCUUCUUCUCCAGACCACAGUUAUAAUCGUCUCGAUGGGGCAGAAAGUAUUACAACCAGACCUGAAAUUUACAGUUUGGACACUGUCAGCCUUUCUAGACCUCUUCCAAGAAGUGAUCCUGGCUCCAAGUUCAGCUCCACAUAUGUACCUCAUAAUCGACUAUCUCGAUAUGCCACUGCACUCACAAAUCUGGUACCUAUUAGAUUUAGAAGAACUCCAGGUACAGAAUUACCCCUAGACAAGAUUGGAUUAUUCUCAAGUGUCUCAUUAAGUUGGCUAAACGAAUAUUUAUACGCUGGGUGGAAGAAUGAGAUGAGACAUAAGGUGCUACCUACAGCUGCUGGACAAGAUGCGUGUCAAGUAAAUGGUCCCAGAUUAGAUGGGUUGUGGCAUGCUCAUGUAGUGGAACGCGGUCAAGCUGGUGCAUCGGUACCACACAUAGCUUGGAAGUUUGUGCGAACAAGAGUUUAUAUGGCAUCUGUUAUCUACAUGAUGGGUACAUUGAUUGCUCUGUUGAGUCCAAUUUUCCUUCUGCAAGGAAUAAUAUCUGCAACAGAAGAUAGAAAUGAAGUUUACAACAGUACAUUCAAUGGUACGACUAGUCUUCCCAAUGUUACUUUUCCACCUACUGGAAAUCAGUCUUCAUUAGCUGAUAAUUUUGUAAACAAGACGCUAAGUAAAACAUUGAGAGUCUCAGUUGGUGGAAAGCUUGUUCAUAAUUUGCCCAAUGCGAUUAAACACCUGGUAAUGAUAGACGAAGCUAUCAUCUUCAGCAACACUGUUAUACUUAUUAUCGCUGAAAUCAUAUCAUACUUCCUAAUUGCAUGGAGUGCUACCAUGAAUCUCAGAACAGCAAGUCGUCUAAGAUCCGCUUGUUUAGCUCUGGUGUAUAAAAAGCUCAUCCACUCUUCCGUGAGAUACCGUGCAUCUGCCUAUCAGACGAUAACGUACUUUGUGCCAGACAGUGAUACUUUGUAUGACCUGAUCACAAAUGGUCCAUUAAUUUUCACCGGACCGGUUAUAUUGAUAUUGAGUUCACUUAUGGUGUGGCAUUUCAUGGGUCAUUGGGCCCUCAUUGGUGUCGUUGUAUUGCUCCUAUUUUAUUUAUGUUUGAUUCUCACAGCGUAUUUGACAUCUAUCUUUGCAACCAAAGCAAUGGAUUAUUCGUUGGCAAGGAUGUCCUUGGUGGAAGAAUUUGUGAGGAAUGUAUAUCUUGCCAAACUCACUUUAUGGGAUAGCUGUUUCAAAAAUAGAAUAGAAGAAACACGGAAAAAAGAGUUAGUUGAGAUGCGUCUUGGAGGUCUGAGCGAGGGCUGGAGUUUAUGCAUGGUGCAUUUCAUCCCUGUAAUAACCGUGUGCACCACCACUUUGGCUGCUCUGCUUACUUUCAAAUAUGUUGAAUCAGCAGACUAUAUGGUAAUAUUAGUAAUCUUGUUGAUCAACUUGAAGCAAUGUGUUCGAAGCAGUUGGCUAGCUAUGAGUAGUAUAUCUAGAGGCAUCACAUCUCUCAAUAAACUAAAGGCUGUUUUGACACUGAAAGAAGCAGAUAGAUACCCCGACAAACCAAUAGAUAGGAACUUGGCAAUGACGAUAAAUAGAGGAAAUUUCAAAUGGAUACAAGAUAAACAUGUUCAAGAUGCUCCAGUAAAACGAAAUUCUCAGUUUUACCUGGAGAAUAACGAUGGUGUUCCGGUCCGUUUCAAUGUAUCAGCGAUCACAGAUACAUUGACUGAUAUAAACUUUUAUGCACCAAAAGGAAAAUUAAUAGGAAUUUGCGGUCAACCAGGUUCUGGGAAGAGUUCUCUUCUCCUAGCUCUGAUGGGGCAUUUAAACCAUGUCAGUGGUCACGUAACUAGGGACGGCACAUGUGCGUAUGUUUCUGAAACACCAUGGCUUAUCAAUGGAACACUCAAAGAAAAUAUACUCUUUGGGGAAACUUUUGACUCAAACAGGUAUUAUAAGGCCAUACAUUCUUGCUUGUUAAAUGUGGAUAUGACGUUGUUGCCAGCCUCGGACGACACUGACCUUACAGAGAUAAAUUUGACCGAUGCACAGAAGCAAAGGAUCACAUUAGCAAGGGCGGUUUAUGCUCAAAGAGACAUUCAACUGCUAGAUAAUCCUCUUGCUGAUCUUUCAGAUGUGAACGAAAGCAACCAAAUUUUUGAAAGAUGCUUUUCAGCAGCAAUGGGGACAAAAACUAUCAUCAUGGUGUCUGAAAAAAUACAGUUUUUGAACAGAUGCGACAUCAUUUAUGUCAUGCGAGAAGGCCGAAUCGUCGAGCAGGGAACCCAUGAAGAUCUUAUUCGAUGGGACAGUGAAUAUACUCGACUGAUUCGUUCCUACAUGCAAAAAUACCAACGAAAAUACUAUAGGGAUGGUGAACCAAUAAGUCAAUCAUCUGUCCAACUGUCAAUGACAGCAACACCAAGAGGAGUCUUGAGUAGUUCAAGCACGAAUGCAUCUUUGGAUAGUGUAUUAGAUGACGUCGAGGAGGAUCUUGCUCCAUUAAAACACGAGAUUUAUUCUGAAUUUCCGGUCAAGUUUGCUACAAAUGCGAGUAAGCCAGUUGUAGAAUACGGAAUAUAUGUGAGACAUGCAGGGGGCUGGUGUAUGACGAUUGCAAUAUGUAUAGUUGCUAUGUUAUGUGCCUUCUUCAUUGCAAUCACACCUUUAAUAUUCACAUAUAUAGCGCAGAGAACUUUAGCCAAUCUCACUCACGUUAUGAUUGUAUUUGCAACAAUGGUCGGUACCAUCAUAAUCUUUGGAUUAAUCCUGAUGCUGCUAUACACUAAAGCUGUGUACAAAGCUGCAAUGCAGUUACAUGACCAGUGGAUCAAUGGUCUCUACACUGCCCGAUUGUCCCUUUUCACAAUGACACCAAUAUCUGUUCUUCUCAAUACAUGUAGUCUCAACUUGUACGAAGUUGACUCUGUGCUACCACGAGCUAUAAUAACUAUUCUGACGCACAUUGGGAUAAGUGCAUUUAGUACAGUCGUACUUGGACUAAUCUCACCUUGGCUACUCAUACCUAUUGCACUGUUCGUUACUGCUUCUAUUUUGUACAGCACUUACGUUCGCGGAGCAGUAACGACGUUGUACGAAACCAAAGUGAAUUCUGUUGUACCAAUGUAUAAUCAUGCUUUGAAUACUAUUGACGGACGCACAACUAUUCAAGCAUACCAUAAAGAGAAAGAUUUCAAAAAGAAGUUUUACAGGUACUGCGAUUAUAAUUCUACAUACAAUUUUAUGUUGCAUUCAAUUAAAUUGUGGCUCGAGUACAGAAUCAAAUUGAUAGCCGCACUUACUUUAGGGGUGGUCAUUUUAAUGUGCGUCCUAUUGACUAAUCUCCGUGAUCAUUUUGAGUUUAUGGUUUUGGCUGCAAUCUGCACAUUACAACUGAUUACCAGUACGGUCAAUGUAACUGGAGCAAGUGCAAGCGCUUAUACUAGUUUUAUGGCUAUCACUGGAUUAGAUUUUUAUAUGAAAAAUAUUGCCAGAGAAAUGCCAGAAAAUGGUAGCCUGCCUGCAAGUUGGCCGAUAGACGGUAGCAUUAAAUUUGACAAUGUUACCCUGAGCGUAACCCCGGAUUCUGAUCCUGAUCUAGAACCAAUAAAUUUUCAAAUUAAAUCUGGGGAAACGAUUGCUCUGAUUGGCUCACACGCUAAAACUAGAAUGUCAAUAGUGUCCGCAUUGUACAAAUUGAUUGAGAUUACUUCAGGAAAGAUUUACAUAGGAAACACAGAUAUUUGUCAAGUACCAAUAGAUAGAGUCAGGCAGUGUAUCACCUUUAUACCUGGCGAUGCACCGCUCUUCAAUGGAAGUAUCAAAUAUAAUUUAGAUCCAACGAAUGAAUUACCUGAGAAAGAGCUGAUGCAAGCGCUUCAAACAGUUUUUCUUUGGGAAAAGGUAUCAAAACUGGCCAAUAAGUUGGAAACUGAUGCCAGCAACUGCUUCACAACAGGUGAACGCAAACUGAUGUAUCUUGCACGAGUGAUACUUCGAAAAUCUGUUAAGAUAAUUAUCAUUGAAGACUCCAUGACAGACUUGGGUUUGGACAUAGAAAAAAUCAUAGAAAUAGUUUUACGAGACGUCUUCUCGAAAUAUACUGUCAUUGUACUCUCUACUCAGAAGAUCCGCUAUUGCCAAAGGACACUAGUUCUCAAUCAUGGCAGGGUCAAUGAGGUUGCAGACCGCAAAUCAUUAUCAUCACAACACAGUCUAGCGGUCUUGGAAACACCAGUAUCAGCAGCCAAAAAUAGUAUAUUUGAAACAAGCUUCUAGUUAAUAUGAACCAUCAUAAUACUAUAUUUCUACGUGAAGAAAUUAUUAAACUUAAAAAAUAUAUCUCUGUGCGUGUAGGUUAAUGGAAUGGAAUAUAAAUGAGCUCGAAGCGUACAUAACCAGUAGCUGUUGCAUCAUUAAUUAUGUUUGUGAUGAGCAUGAUACGGCUCAAGAAAAAUAAAAAAACUAUGAAAAAAGA